GUUCAAGAGGGUGAUUGUCGCAGGAUGGGCUGAGGUAUAUAAAGGGUCGGAGCAGGGUCCACGGCACCAGUGGUGAGCGCGGUGCCAUCAUGACCAACCGCACAGCCCUCAUGCUGCUGGCCCUGGCGGCGGCGGCUGCUGCAGCGCCGUACGGAGAUGCCGUUCCCCGUUGCUCCACGGAGUGCCCCGUUGCCGCGGCCAAGUUCUCCUUCAUUCCGGGCAAGACCUAUUCCUACACCUACACUGGAAAGUCGAAAGUUCAGCUGAAAGGUGUGGAAGGAGGCCUCGUGGAGACACGAUGGGAGAAAACUGUGCUGAUGACGUGGCUCAGCCCAUGCGACGUGGCACUCUCCUUCAAAGACACCAAGGUGGACGGCGAGGCCGGUCCGCCUGGCGCAAGCAUGUUGGAGAAGUACCCACUAGUGGUGGCUAUGACCGAUGGCCGAGUGCAGCGGGUGUGCAGUCAUCCCGACGACGACACCUGGGCAAUCAACAUGAAAAAGGGCGUCGCCUCGGCCCUACAGAUCAGUCUGCCGUCCCUCUCCACCAGCAACUCAGGACUCAACCUAACGGAGACGGACGUGGUGGGAACGUGCCCUACCCGCUACGAGGUCGAGACAGAUGGCUCCAAGGUAGUAGUGAAGAAGGAGAAGAACCACCGUCUGUGCCACGAGCGUUACGCUACCCCCGACGAGACGCACCUGCCGUGGCUGAAGGGACCGCUGCCCAUGCAGGAAUCGUGGUCAGUGUGUACACAAGAGAUCAAAAGCGGCAUCAUCUCCUCAGUGAAGUGUGAAGACAAGAAGGUGGUGAGGCCAGCUUACGGAACGUACAAGUUCGUCGAGGCAGAGCAGGAGUCAACACUACGACUCACCUCCAGCGACGUCCCCACUCCAGACAUCGUUUCCCGCAUCUCUCAGGGUCACCUGGUACCCAAACGUCUCCUCUAUGACUACGAGACCCCCAAGAAGGAACCGUCUCUUGUGCCGCAGCUGGAGCAAACACUGAGGCAUCUGUGUGACAUCACCAAACACGAGAUUCAGGCUGAUGCUGCCGUCGAGCUGGACAAGGCCGUCCACCUCAUGCGGCGCAUUCCCCUCCAAGGCUUCAAGGAAAUCUAUGCAAAGGUCCGCAGCAAGCAGAUAUGUCCGCAACACAACAAGCUGAAGAGCCUCUACUUCGACGCGAUCGCCUUCGUCCACGAGCCUGAGUCGGUCAUAAUUAUGGCAAAGGAGCUGGCUGAGGGACGGGCCACCGGUGCUCGAGCUGCCAUCUACUCAGCCGCAUUCUACCUCGUGCCUCGCCCUAACAUGGAAGCAGUUCAAGCUCUAGAGCCAUUGUUUAGGGCUGACGAACCAUACCUGUCGUCGGCGAAACUGGCUGCUGCUUCCAUGGUUAACAGGUACUGUCGCCAUAACCCACAAUGUUACAACGAAGCUACUGUGAAGAGCCUGCCGCAGGCGAUGAAGCAAAUGAUCCAGAACGACCUGUCCGCCUCAAAUAAUGAGGAGUCUGAGAAGAAGGCCUUGGCUGCCUUCAAGAGCCUUGGCAACAUGGGCGUCAUGACCCACGAUGUGGCUGAGGUGCUGAUCCGCUACAUGCACAGCGAGCAAAAGAAAGUGAACAACCGUGUGGCAGCUGUACAAGCCUUUAGGUUGUCCAAGUGUAACCGCGAGGUGACGCAGAAACUCGUCGACUUUGCCGUCCGACCCGGGAAAAACACGGAAGUUAGAAUUGCUGCCUAUCUGACAGCACUUCGCUGUGUAGACUAUGAGGACCUGCAGACCAUUGUGACAAAGAUCUCCGUUGAGGAAAACACGCAGGUUCGUGGGUUUAUCCUGAGCCAUUUGCUGAACCUGCAAGAGACCAACGCCCCCGAAAAGGAAAGGCUGCGCUCCCUGCUGACAAACAUUCUCAUCCCCGAUAAUUUUGAGCGUGCUAGGAAGUACUCCCGCAACAUUGACCUUUCCUAUUUCGCCCCAUCCCUCGGCCUUGGUGCCGAAGUAGAGUCCAACCUUAUCUACGCUCCCGGCUCCUUCUUCCCUCGCUCUCUUGACGUGAACCUCACUGCAGCUGUCGAUGGAACCGGUACUCCCGUCAACAUCGGAGAAAUCGGCGGUCGCCUUGAGGGUCUGGAACCAAUAAUCGCUCAACUCUUUGGACCUGCAGGCUACUUCAAGAAAUCGAGCUAUAACAAAAUCUUAUAUGACCUCAUCUCCUUUAUCAAAAAGAACUGGAGCAAGAUUCAGGAGGAGCUGGACGUCUCGAUACGGGAGAGAAGAUCCCUUGACUAUGCAACUCUUGAAAGCAUGUUCACCAAACUGUACGGUCCCCAUUCUGGACCUGUCCAAGCCGAUGUUUUCGCUCGCUUCAUGGGUCAGGAAAUAAGCUAUGGCUCCUUGUCCAAGCAGCUGCAGGACAUCAAUGCUGAAGCCUUGAUAGAUAAUUUUAGUCGCUACUUGAUUGAAAAUCUGAUGAAAAUGAAGAACCUGAACCUAGACUCAGCCCGAGCCACACAACUGGGGGUGGACUACUCCUUCCCGACCAUUCAGGGCACGCCGCUCAAGAUGACGAUGGAGGCGAUGGUUGUAGCAGGAAUCCAAUUGAAGACAAACCUCAACGGAGCAUCCUCGGAGGAGACAAACGCCGGUGAAAAAAUUAAAAUUUUGCCAAUGCUCUCAGUGAAGGCGCACAGUUUUAUUGGCUACGACGCGUACGUGUCCAAGAGCGGAAUCAAGAUGAACGCCACCGUUUCCAGCAGCAACGGGCUCGCAAUCAAGGUGAAUGGCGGUAGAGAGAUGGAAAUCGAAGUGGACAUCCCCAACAAGAUGGAAAUCAUUCAAGUACGAAGUGAGGCGUUCCUAAUGAAGGGCAAGAAGGACAUGCCGGACACCAAGAUCUUGCCGCCUUCCAUGCAAGACCCUAGAAUCCGGAAACAGUCGUGCUUUACUGGCCUCGAGUCGGUGUUCGGCCUAAAGAUGUGCUACGACCUCGACGUUCCGGACGUCUUCCGUGCUAACUCUAUACCCUUGGGUGCUCCAAUUCUUGCGAGGGUCUCCAUCAACAAGACUGAGUCCUCCAUAAUGGGAUACAAGAUUGCUGUCACCACACGCACGGAGAACCAAGACAAAAAGUAUGGCUGUAAAUUUUCCGUAGUAGGCUCAGCUUCACUGAAAGAGGCAAACGUGGAAGUACUCCAAAAGAAAGAGAGCGAUUCGUACCUUACUGCCAUCAAACUCCAGUCGGCCGUCUAUAGCGGCGAUGCUAAGGUGCUCCUUAUCAACAAACCUGAGUACAAAAGUGUCCAAACUGACGUCGCUCUCAAGACCGAAAGCAGCGAUUUCUCCAAAGCCAUAAAAGUUGACAUCAAGAUAUCGUCCGAAGGAGAUGCCAAGAAGUACGAAACAAAUAUCUUUGUCAGUCCCUCGGGGCAAAUGUCCGACGAGUCCAAGAUAUUCACAGCGGAGCUCAUAAAUACAUUCAGGGCUCCUUGGGUAAUGGUGGAUAUCUCGGCCAAGACGGAAAACGUCCUUAUGCAGUACAUCCCUCUCAGGCUUGAAGGUAAGUAAAGAGACGGUUAAUACCUAUUUGCAUUGUGCU